AUGGCACCUGGGGGUGAAGACGACCAUCUGGCUCUGAAGGGAAAAGUGACAGUCGGAGACCUGUUCAGAAAAGACUUCAAGGUUCAUGACCCAAACGCCAAAUGGAUAAGCAGUAAUGAGCUCUUAUACCGGAACCGUAACGGAGAUGUCGUCAAAUUCAACGUCGACACAGAUGAGCAAACAAUCUUGGUGCAUAACAAGAAAUUUGAAAUGUACAAAGCCAGCAAGUACGAGGUGUCCCCCGACAUGAAGCACGUGCUGCUGGCCUACAACGUCGCUCCGGUUUACCAGCAUUCCUACACAGCCUUCUACAUCAUCUGCAGUCUGGAAACUCCAGAGACGUGGAACCUAAAUCCUCCAGAGGUUCGGAAUGCUCAGCUGCAGUACGCCGGCUGGGGACCUCAGGAUCAGCAACUGAUCUUUAUUUUUGAGAACAACAUCUACUAUCGCUCUAAGGUGGAGAGCCGCUCCAUUCGUCUGGUGUCAACUGGCAAAGAAGGAACCAUCUUCAAUGGGCUCAGCGACUGGCUGUAUGAAGAGGAGAUUUUCCACUCCCACAUCGCCCACUGGUGGUCUCCGGAUGGUGCCAGGCUAGCGUACGCCACCAUCAACGAUACCCUGGUGCCCAAGAUGGAGCUGCCAAUGUUUACAGGCUCACCAUACCCCAUGGGCAAAGAGUAUCACUACCCUAAGGCCGGUGAGGAAAACCCUGUCAUCACUCUGUAUGUCGUAAACCUGAACGGCCCCCUGCACACCAUCGAGAUGAGGAGGCCUGAUGACCCCAGGAUCGGUGAGUACUAUGUGACCAUGGUGAAGUGGGCAACCACCACCAAACUGGCCAUUAACUGGCUGAACAGAGCACAGAACAUCUCCAUCCUCACCCUGUGCGAGGCCACGACCGGAGUCUGCACCAAGAAACACGAGGACGAAAGUGAGGGAUGGCUUCAUAGGCAGGAUGAGGAGCCUUUGUUUUCCAAAGAUGGCCUCAAGCUCUUCUUCACUCGGGCCAUUCCCCAGGGAGGCCGGGGCAAGUUCUUCCACAUCUCCAUGUCCAUCUCCCAGCCCAACACAAGUACAGACACGCUCCAGUCCAUAACGUCUGGAGACUGGGACGUCACUCAAGUUCUGGCCUACAACGAGGACAGCCAGCUCAUAUACUUCUUGAGCACUGAAGAUGGCCCGAAGCGACGCCAUCUCUACAGUGCGGACACGUUUGGAUCAUUCAACCGCCGCUGUCUGUCUUGCGGCCUCUCCGAGAGCUGUGGCCACGUCAGUGGUUCCUUCAGCCACAACAUGAGCUACUUCCUGCUCAAGUGCCAAGGGCCGGACAUUCCCUUCGUGGCUGUUUACAAGACGCAGAGAGACGCUGAAAGUGAGACUCAAGACAGAGAAAGUAUUUCAGAAGUAUAUAAACUGGAGAGCAAUGAAAACCUGAGACUGACUCUGGACUCCAUGCAGAUGCCCACGGCGGAGUACAAAGAGAUCAACGUGGAUGACUACACCCUGUCCAUGCAGAUCCUGAAACCUGCCGGCUUCAUGGAGACGUCCCACUACCCGCUGCUCCUGUUCAUUGAAGGGACCCCCGGAGAGCAGACGGUGACGGAGCAGUUCCACAUGGACUGGGCCACCGUGCUGGUCAGCAGCUUCGGUGCCAUCGUGGUGCGCUGUGACGGGCGAGGCAGCGGCUUCCAGGGAACCAACCUGCUCUACCGGAUCCAGAAGAAACUGGGCAUGUUCGAGGAGCAGGAUCAGAGGGAUGCCCUGAAUUUCAUACUCAAAGAGCCUUACGUGGACAAAACCAGAGUUGGAGCUUACGGACAGGUGUACGGAGGCUACGUGACCAGCCUGUUGGUCAGCAGCGAGGACUCUCCGGUAAAAUGCGGAGCCGUCUUCUCACCCAUCACCGACUUUGAAUUAUACGAGAGGUACCUAGGACAACCCAAGCCCGACUCAAGGGCAUACACGAUGGCAAAUUUGGCUCACAGAGCAUCUCAAUUCAUGGAUAAGAAGUUCCUCAUCGUGCAUCCGACAGCUGACGAAAAAGUCCAUUUCCAGCAUACUGCAAAGUUCAUCUCGCAGCUCAUUAGUGAAAAUGCCAACUACAGCUUACAGAUUUACCCAGAUGAAGGCCACUUCCUUCACAGUGAAGCAACGAGGCUGCACCGCAGCCAGUCGCUGGUGAAUUUCUUCGAGGAGUGCUUCAGGCUACCGGAAAGAGUGUUUGAGGAAGUUCUGGAAGAGGAUCUUGAAGAUGAGGGUUAG